AUGAACCGCCGCUUCGCCUCGACGACGUCGUCCUCUAGACUGCUUGGUGUCGCGUUCGUCGUCGUUCUUCUUCUACUUGUUGCUUCAGUCGUUGAAAGGUCGCGAAAGAACUAUUUUAUCUAAUUUUUGAAAAAUGAGGAAAAAGUAGAUCUUCUUUUUAAAUAUGCCUGGGAAAUGAGGGAUAGGAAUAUUAAAAAUGAAGGAUGGAUGCCAAAAUCAUUUUUAAUCAAAUUUCCAAAAGUAAAAUGCAUGAGAAAAAGCUUCAUAUAUAAAGGUUGGUAAUAUAUUCGAACAAAGAAUAUUAUGAAAGUAGAUUUUUUUUUUUUGAAGUUUUUAACUUUUCUUCAGGAAACAGCUAGAAGCGGAGCUCCAAAACGCAAAGUUCAUAGCAAAAGUUUAUCCACUUGCACCUUCAGACGAUGAAAUACGAUUCCCCAGAAGGAUAUUGUCUAUCGAUGAGCCCUACAUUUUUGUUGGUAAGAAGUUAGAUCUGAACCGGAAAAAAUUGAGUGCAGGUGGAGUUCCUCGUUCAGGAACCACCUUGAUGAGGGCGAUGCUCGACGCCCAUUCUCUCAUCCGUUGGUGGGAGAUAUCCUAGUUUCUGCUCAGCGAUUUCAUUCCUUUUGAAGUGGAGGUGAAACGAUGAUGCUGCCGCAAUUCCUACAGUGGCAAUCCGGCUGGCGGGGCGACAAAUGGAUGAAUGGCUCAGGAAUCACUCCAGAAGUCCUUGAUCUCGCCGUUUCGGCCUUCAUUUCCGAGGUCUUUAUCGUCAAAUUCAAAAAAGAAAAUCUUCGGUGGUAGAACGUGUUAAACUAUGGAUUCUACUGCUAAUCAGUUCAGCGAAGAAAUUUUCAAAUUAAUUGGAGUUAUUUUUAGAAUCUUCCACAGAAGACCUAUCUUUUUAAACUUUUUGGAGCCAUCGAAAAGUUGUCAAAAAAAUUUUUUUCAUCCGGGGAAAAAAAUUGGUUUAAAAAAAUGAAUAAAAUUCUUGUUUUUGACUACCUUUACCUUUACAUAUUAAAAGUCCCGUUUUAUAAACUUUUGAAGGAAAAUUUUUCUCGCAUUAGGCUCUAAAAAGUAUUUGAAGCACUAGAUAAAGGUCAUGAAAGUCGCAAUCGGCAUCAUUUUUUGGAAUUUAGAUAAAUGACUUUUUUUUAGCUUUUCUUACUUGAAGAAAAUCGAAAUUUAUCAAACUCCCAAUCUUAAAAUAAAAUAGGCCACUUUGUCAGAUAGUCGCCAAACACGACAAGAUGGCCGAGCGACUCUGCAACAAGGACCCGUACACGGCCCUGUGGCUUCCGACUCUCCGACGACUUUUCCCCAACGCUCGCUUCAUUCUGAUGAUUCGCGACGCCCGCGCCGUCGUCCACUCGAUGGUCGAACGCGAAGUUCCCGUCGGCGGCUACAACCGCUCCGAUCCCCCGGUAAGCUCAGAAGAAAAGGCAAAUUCGGAAAAAAACGAAGACUCGCAGCAAAUGUUCCGAAAGUGGAAUCAAGAGAUUACUAAAAUGCUGUUCCAGUGCGGCAAUGCCCCAGGCCUCUGCUUACAGGUCAGUUCAUCGCAAAAUAGGGAUGAUGGAGAACUAAGCUGAUCAGAAAAGUUUUCGUAAAACUAGCUCAUCCGUUCUUGGUUUGCAAAUCAAUUCUCACGGUUUUUCAAUUUUCAUACUCACCAACUUUUUUCAAUUUAGCAAUGAAUGAGAAAAAAAAAAUCAAAUAAAAUCGGUGGAACAGAUUGUUUAUUUCAAGAGUUAAGACACCGACUUUGAAAAAAAUUGUGAGCUAAAUUUUAAGAAGUAAAAAAAUUUUGAGACCUUCGUUAUACACUAACUUUAAUCACAGGUUUUUUACGAGAGGCUGGUUCAAAAACCGCGCGAAGAAAUCGGCCGAAUCUUGGAGUUUUUGGACGUUCCUUUCGAUGAAAACGUCCUGAGACAUCAUCAGCUGAUAGGCGACGAGAUCGACCUGAGCGAGUGGGGUUCAAUUCUCCAGGAAAUAUCAUUUUCAUGGUUUUAGCCAAGAGUUCUCGGCCUCACAGGUGAAGAAGGCCCUGAAUGUCGAUGCUCUGACUGCCUGGUUCGACUGUUUUUCAAAUGAGACUUUAGCCGAAGUCAAUGACCUUGCACCCAUGUUGUCCUUACUUGGUGAGGCAUUUUCAGUUCUUCUUGAAGCCCAGGAAGAUGAUGGGAAACUGCGAAAGAAUAGUUAAUUUCUCGAUUUCCUAAUGACUGCGGGAUUUUUAUUAUAGAGUGGUCUUGAAGGAGAGUUCAGAUGGGCGGCUAUGAUAAAUUGGAACUAUGAUAACAUUUUUUCAAACGCUUUCUUGCGGUUAAUAGACUUCUCGGAAAGUUCAAGGAGACUUCGAAAUUUCGCCUAUAAUCAAAUCAGUGUUGAGUCAACUAUGGAAUUCUGUUCGCAACCUACUUGAAUUUAAAGUUGCUUCUUAUUUUUGAAUAAUACUUCAAUAUUUUUUAUACUUUUCUGUUUUCCAAACUCUGCCGUUCCAUGGCUUCUUUAAGCUGGCCAGAAAUAAUCCCGAAAUCGAAGCAUUCUAUUUUUUUUUAGAGAAGAGGAAAAACAAAAUUUUAUUAUCGGAAGCCUGAAAAAAGAUUUUUAGACCUUUUUUUCGUCAAAAUGAAAAGUGAAUCGAUCUCCAAACAUAAAUUAAUUGCCAAAAUAUAGUUUUAACACAUUUUUAUAACUUUAAAAUAACGAUAAAAUUGAAAGUUUUUUUGUUUUGCUUGUUAAAAUCACAAGUAAUUCACAUAAAAAAACUAACUGAAUCUUUAAAAAAUCAUUCUAACCCGAACACUCUUUUGAAGUCAGCGAGCAUGUGCAAGGCCUAAUUUGAAGUUUUGUGGCUUCUUUAAUCUGAUCGAAAAUAAUCCCGAAACUGAAGCAUUUUGGUUUUUAAAAGAGAAGUGAGACAAAAACAAAAAUAAGUAACAAAAAAAAACACUUGAGGCUACGAUACGAAGAGUACGACGCCGUCGUACGAGCGAUUCGCCGGCGACGACUUUCACCGCGGCCAUUUCUGA